AUGACAAGAAAUCCUCGUCCAUAUUCAACAAUCCUUGAUAAACAACAAACAAAUCAAAAUGUUGUAGUUAUUCUUGAUGAUGAUGACAAUGAUAGUGAAAUCAACGAAAUAUCAAAUAUAAAUAUACAUGAAAAUGAAGAUAGUCAAAUUUUGAAAAAUUUAAUUUCAAAACUUGAUAUUGGUACUGAAUUAAUUCAUGUUAAACCAAAUUUAUCUAUGCAAAUAUGUACAGCAGCAUUAGCUUAUUCAAAUCUUUCACAAACUCAUUUCAUUAUAGUUAAUUAUACUUCCAUAUUAUCAAUGGACUGUGUAAUUAAACGACAAUUGUAUACAAGUACAUCAAAUUCAUCGUUGUCUAUACCGAUAAGAACUCGUGUUUAUAAUCGUUCAUUAUCUUUACUUGGUUUUAUACUUGAAAAACCUUGUUCAAUAAAAAAUCUGAAUCGAUAUCUUAUUAUAUAUGAUAAUUAUACAGCUCAGUAUCAUUUACAAACAGAUUUUCAUCUUUGUCUUUGUCAAGAUUUUCACAAACAUUUAUCAAAUAUUGAUUAUACUGACUUACGUUCAUAUUAUAAACAUGCAUUUAAAAAUUCAAAUAGAAUUCAACAAUCAAAUUUUUCUAUAGGUACAAUAAUGCGUGUUAGAAAAUUUGGUUCACAAUAUCAUAAUUCACGUAUUAUUGAUAAAGAUUGUUCACUUAUAAAAAUAUGUUUUUAUGAACGAAAAUCUCAAACACAAAUAUGGAUUCAUUCAAAAUCAUCAAUGAUUGAUUCAUCACAAGAAUUAUCAUUAUCAACAAAAUUAAAAAUUUCGUUAUCAUCAUCAUCAUUAUUAUCAUCACCAUUUAAAUCUUCUGAUUCAACAAAUGAUAUGAUGAUUGCAGAUUUAGAUUUAUCACGUUUACGUAAACGGAAACCACAUGUCAACAAUAUAAAUGAAGGUACGAAAAAACUUCGUGAUCGAUCAAAUACUAAACAAAUACAAAUUUCACAACGACAAUCUUCUUCAUCUAGUGAUGAAGUUCCAUUAGUAUCACGUGCUAAUAUGCUUACAGCUUAUUAUACUGACGUACUUUUACCAAAAUUUCGUAUACUUAAUAGUUUACCAUAUAUUGGACAUAAAUGUAGUCAACGAUGUGUCUCAUUAGUUGAAGAAAAUUUUCAUGCUGAUAAAAUUCAUACAAAUCCAUUUUUACUUCCAUUUGAAUAUCAAUGGUCAAUUGUAGAUGGUAAACCGCGUGGUUAUCGUACACCAUGUCGUCGUAUAUUUUAUACACUUGAUGAAAUUGAAAAAUAUCUCUUUCGAACAGAAUCGAAAUUAUCUAUAAAAUUUUUUAUUGAUGAUCUUGUAACACGUUUUACACCAGCUAUAGAAAAAUUUGAUAAAAAAUUUAUUAUUGUGGAUGAUCUUUCGAAUGGUCAAGAACUUAUUGAAAUAUCUGUUUAUAAUGAUAUAGAUAAUGAUAAACCAGAUAAUUUUACUUAUAUUACUCAAAUUCAUCCAUUUGAUAAUCGAAUUUAUGCUGCAUUUAAUGAUACAAAUAUGACAUCGUGUUGUGAUUGUGUUGAUAACUGUACUGAUCGAAUGAAAUGUGCCUGUUUUCGUAAAACAUUAGAUCAAGCUGUACUCAAUCAUGAUCCAAUAGUUAUUGAAAAACAAAAAAAUCGUAAUACACUUUCAAAUAUAAUUAAAACUAUAGGUUAUCAAAGAAAACGUUUACUUAAUCCAGUAUCAAGUGGUAUAUAUGAAUGUAAUUCAAAAUGUUCAUGUCAUCGUAGACAUUGUUCAAAUCGUCUUGUACAACAAGGUUUAUUUGUACAAUUACAAUUAUUUAAAGAUAAAAAUAAAGGUUGGGGUUUACGUUCAUUGCAUGAUCUACCACGUGGAACAUUUAUUUGUCAAUAUGUUGGAGAAUUAAUAACAUCAGAUCAAGGACAUGAACGUGCUCAAAUAAUGGAUGACAAAUAUCAAACAAGUCUUGAUUUAGUUAGACAAAUUCAUUAUGAAGUUAAUCAUGAAGAUGAUAUUGAUGAUAAUGAUGAUGAUGAACCAUAUGUUAUCGAUGGAAGUUUAUAUAGUAAUUUAGGAAAAUAUUUUAAUCAUUCAUGUAAUCCAAAUAUGUACAUUCAAAAUGUAUUUAUUGAAUCACAUGAUUUACAUUUUCCAAAUUUAGCAUUAUUUACUGGUACUCGUGUUAAAGCAGGAGAAGAACUCACUUGGCAUUACAAUUGUGAAUUAUUACCUGAUCGUGAACAACAAAAUGCAACGAGACCGAGCAAUAAAAAAUUUGUUCUCUCGUCAGCAGCUACCGCAACAGCAGGAGCAAUAGCAAUAACAACUGCAUCAUUAUCAUCAUCGCAAUCUCUAUCACAAUCAACAGAUGAUUCAUCAACAGCAGUCAUACCAUUGACACAACCAUCAUCAUCAUCAUCACAUCUAUCUGAUAUUGUACGACAAAAAUCUACAACAAUACCAACAAAUAAUGGUUCAUCAAUUCAAAUACAAGACGAUACAUCAUUGUUAUCAUCGAGUAAAACACGUUUACUUCAACGUAUGAUUUCAUUAAGACGUUCAUCAAGUAGUAAAACAUCAACACCAAUUUUAUCAUCCCAUAUUUCAUCAACAUCAUCGUCAUGUCGUUCAUAUAAUGUACGUGCAUUUGAAAUAGCGCGUGAUAGAAAUCUUCGUCAUUAUCCAUGUAUAGUACAUUUUCUUGAUGAUACUGAACGAACAUUUCAUAUAGAUCGUCGUUCGAAAGGAAUUGAUUUACUUAAUGAAAUAUUUGAUUAUUUGGAUUUAUCAACUGAAAGAAAAUAUUUUGGUUUACUUAUUGAAGAUUUAACACAAGAUUUUGCAUAUCGAUGGUUAGAUUCAACAAAAACACUUAAAAAACAAUUAACAACAACCAUGUCACCAUAUCAUCUUUAUUUUAAAGUACGAUUCUUUCUGACAGAUCCAUCAACACAAAUUGAUGAUGAAUUUACAAAAUAUUUAUAUGUAUUACAAAUAAAAAAAGAAUUACUAAGUGGAAAAAUGUGGUGUCCAAGAUCAACAGCAGCUAUACUUGCAAGUUAUAUUGUACAAAGUGAACUUGGUGAUUAUGAUUCAGAUGAACAUCGACAAGGUUAUUUAGAAGAUUUUCGUUUUGUACCAUUUCAAAAUUCUGAUUUUGAAAAUGAAGUUGAACAAUAUCAUAAAGAACAUAGAGGUCAAUCUCCUGCUGAUGCGGAGGUCAAUUAUCUUCGUGUUGUUAGUUCAUUAGAGAUGUAUGGUGUAGAAUUACACAAAGCAUCUGUUAAAGUAUCAAACACAAAUGAUAAUGUAAAUAAUUCAAUUGUUGAAUUAUAUGUUGGUGUUUGUGCUAUUGGUAUAUCUGUUUUUCAAAAUUCAACUAAACUAAAUACAUUUUCUUGGGACCGAAUAACAAAAAUAUCUUUCAAACGUCGAACAUUUUAUAUUCAACUUGUUAAAAGUCUUAAUUCACCAGAUGAUAAUUCAAUUGUAUUUACACUACGUAGUUAUCGUUGUUGUAAAUAUUUAUGGAAAUCAUGUGUUGAUCAUCAUACAUUUUUUCGUUUAACAUCAAUUCCACCAUCACCAAGAAGAUUUUUUCAAUUUACUAAUAAAUUUCGACAUAGUAAUGAUGUUGUACAAAAUGGUUUGUUAAUUGAAGCAAAUGGUAAAAAACCAAAAACAUUUGAAAGAGUUUCAAGUCGUAGAAGUUUUCGUUCGAUAAAUGGCUCAUCAACAUUACCAAUAUCAACAACAAAUAAUAGUUUAUCAUUAAGUAGAAACUCAAAUUUAAAAACAGUCUUAUUUCUUUCGUCAUCAUCAGUAUCAAUAUCAAAAUCUGAUAAAAUAUUAAAUACUCGUUCUCCACCACCACCAAAACCUCCUCGACAACCAUUUAAUACACCGAAAAAUUCUCAACAACAAAAUUCUUCAAUAAAUAAUAACGCAUUAAUCGAAGCUAAUGAAUAUAAACCAAAAAAUGCUACUUUACCUAGAAAAAAUAAUUGUCAAAAUAGUCUUGAAAUGUCUAACGGAACAUCAUAUAUUGAUGAUAUUCCAACAAAAGAAAAUUCCAAUACAAUAACUAUUAAACUUCAACCAGAUAGUGAUGGUCGAUAUGGUUUUAAUGUUAAAGGUGGAGGUGACGAACAUUCACCAAUUGUUAUCUCAAGAAUAGCUUUAAAUACACCUGCUAAUCAAGCAUCACUUCAUGAAGGUGAUCAAAUAUUAUCAAUUAAUACUAUUGAUAUACUAAAUUAUUCACAUGAAGAAGUUGUUAAUAUGAUUCGACAAUCACGUGAUAGACCAUCUGGUGAAUUAGAACUUUUAAUACGACCUUUAAAUAAAUGUCAUUUAUCAUCAAAUAAUGAUAAUGAUUCUGAACAUACUUAUGAUAAUGAAUUUUUAAAUUUAAAUGAAAAAGAUCCAUUAGAACAAUCCUUAGAAACAUUACGUGAUGAUCUUACAACUGGUCAUCUUAUUGAACAGUAUGAAACGCUUCCAAGACGUAAAGACGGUUUUACAUUUGAAAUUGGUACUAGUCAAAAUAAUUAUUAUCGUAAUCGUUAUAAAGAUGUUUUACCUUAUGAUCAAACACGUGUUAUACUUAAAUCUAGUUCAGAUAGUGAUUAUAUUAAUGCUAAUUUUAUUAAUAUGCCAAUUACAUCAACAGAUAUGGUUAAUCGUUAUAUAGCAACACAAGGACCAUUGCCAACAACGUGUGAAGCUUUUUGGACAAUGAUUUGGGAACAACAAUGUACAUUAUUAAUUAUGCUUACGACUUUAUUUGAAAAUGGUCGAAUAAAAUGUCAUCAAUAUUGGCCAAAUGUAUUAGAAACAAAUGAUUAUGGUUUAUUUAGUGUACGAUGUCGACGUGAACGAAAAGAAAAUCAACUUAUAUAUCGAGAAUUUUUCUUUACACAUAAAGAAACUAAUGAAGAAAGAACUAUUUAUCAAAUACAAACUGAAACAUGGCCUGAUCAUGGUGUACCAAAUGAUUUUUCAUCUUUUGUUGAAUUUGUUUUAGAAAUCCGUGAAUUAAGAAAGUCAAAAAAACAUCUACCUAUUCUUGUUCAUUGCAGUGCUGGUAUUGGUCGAACAGGUGUUCUUAUAUUAAUGGAAACUGCUCUAUGUCUUAUUGAAACGAAUCAACCUGUAUUUCCACUUGAUAUUGUUCGACAAAUGCGUGAACAACGUUUAGGAAUGAUUCAAACUGCUAGUCAAUAUCAAUUUGCAUGUGGAGCCGUUCUAUAUGCCUAUGAUCAUGGAUUAGUACAAGUCAACAGAAAUUAA